AUGAUCAAAGGCGAAGCGGAGAGGAGACAUGGUGAAGAAGCGGUUGAGCGACUGUCCGUCGAGCCCCCCUCAUGUACACGUUCUGGUUCACUCUCCCUGCCUUUCUCAACGAGGCUGGCUCCUACGUUCUUUUUUCCCCUCUCCCCUAAAUCCUGGCCGAUCCGCUUUUCAGACUAUCUGAUUGUGGCCGUUUAUGACAACACUUUUAAUUUAGCAUCAUUCAGCCGAAAGGCAAUAAAUUAUUACCGUCUCAGCUCCAGCCGUGAAGACUACAUGCCACAUUUAUCGCCGUUCCCUGGCGCGACAGGAAGAAUCGAACGAUUUCCACCGGGUAAAAAACCAUACGGAUUGUAG